AUGUCCAAAAGUAGAAGGGCGCUCGAUAUGUCCCUGUCUUUGUACAGAUCUCUCCCCAACAACGGCGAUACCUUCCGCCUUGCUGAGCUGCAACCCGGCCGAGAGGGCGACCCGGUCGUGUUGACGCUCUUGCCGAAGCUCCUGAGCCAGGGAGACGACUACGAAGCGCUGUCGUACGUCUGGAGCUCGGCCGAGAAUGAAGCAAAGGUCUUAGUGAAUGGCAUGCACGUGCCUAUUCGUCGCAGCCUGUUUGAGUUCUUCACUGUGCUGCGCAGCAGCAAACAGCCCCGGCUCCUGUAUGCCGACGCCAUCUGCAUCAACCAGGUAGAUGACAAGGAACGGACCCAGCAGGUGCGUUUGAUGCAGGACAUCUACAAGAACGCCAGCAAGGUCCUUGCCUGGCUGGGCCCCGGCUCUCCGGCGACAGACCUUCUCUUACGCGUGGCCGCGACCACGUCCGCCGGCGACUACAGUCCCAAUGGUUCCGGCGAGAACGAUGGUGGAACGUGGCGACGGCCACCCGAGGCUGACGAUCCGUCUGUCUGGACGUCUCUGCAGGCCACGUUAAGGCUGGUCUUGGACCAGCCGUACUGGCGACGUGCCUGGAUCAUCCAGGAGUGUCUGCUGGCACGGCAGCUGUACUUUUCUCUCGGCACCGCGCAGGUCUCCUGGGAUAGCUUCUCGUCUGCGCACAUGAUGCUGCUUGAGAAGAGACCCGUGGCCAGGGGCUACACCUGGGGCUAUCUGUAUGACACCAUCACCCGGUUCGACCAUUUGGCCGGCCUGAAGAACCGCUCGCACGAGUUCCCGAUCCCGCUUUCUGGCAUCGUCAGAAGGUUCAGCGCUGCCGAGAGCACCGAUCCUCGUGACAUGAUCUUUGCCUUCUCUGCCCUCGUGGCAGAGCUGCAGCCGGGGCAUCCGGGCGGCCUCGAGGUCGACUACGGCCUCUCGACCGUAUCGCUAUACUUUCGCGCCGGAUAUGCGUCCCUCAUCAGCGAUAGUAGGCCGUUACCACACCGUACCCUACACGGACUGCGCACAAUGCUUAGGCUCACAUCCCUGGAGCUGCUCGAGACGGUCAUGGCGCUGAUCGACCCGGACGAGCUGUUGAGCGCCGUUUCCUGGCUCGUGGGGGACUGGGAUCCACAAAGCACGCCACAGGGGAGGACGUUUCGCGAUGAACGGAAACACGAAGGGCUCGCAUACAUAGAUUGCCAUGUUGCUGACUUUUCGACGUUGGUUCGCCUUUUGAAUGAAAAGGAGAGAGCCGGGAGGUAA